AUUAACGUUUUAAAUUUAUUUCGGCUAAAAGUUUCCUGCAUUUGUCGUCAGAUAUCUCUAAAGUACAUCAAUAUCAUUUUCAAUAUGGCUUCAGUAUCCACGUGAAUUCCUAACUCAAGUUAAUUGUUUACAUGCAAAAAUUAGUGAUUAUUUAUUAGUAUUAUCGUUAAGGUACACAUUAUGGGUGAACAGAGGGAAGUAGACGAAAAAGUAACGAGGGUAGAAGACAUACUCAAGAACGUAUCUCCAGUUACUGAUACAAGUAUUCCACGUUUAGAAUCCAAGAAGGUUAAGACUAAAAAAGAAAAAUUAGAACAACUAAUUCCAAAGGGAAAACCAAAAUCUGGUAGAAUAUGGAAGGAACAGAAAACACGAUUCUCGUCUAUUGUUAAAACACGUGGCAUGCGUUCAUCGUUUGAGAAGAAGCAAAAAUUGAGAGAAGACCUGAAACGUGUUAAAGAAAUGUCAAGGGAGAUCAAAGCAAAGAAACAAGCAGAAAAGGAAGCUAAGAAAGAAAGGAGAAGACAAAAUUUGAAGCGCGCUGAGGAGAAUCGCAAGAAGGGCGAAAUUGUUCAAGUUAUUACAAAUACUGCAAAAUUGAAAAAAAUAAAGAGGAAACAGCUUAGAACGAUAGAGAAGAGAGAUACACUUAAAAUUUAAAAUAGAUAUCUGUACAUUUAUACUGAUUUUUACUGAAUAAGAAACUAUUUAUAAAAUUCUUUUAUAGUAAAUGAUUGCAGCAUAAUUUAAAAAUUAUUAAUUAAAUUAAACUACUGUGGUUUGGCUAGCUUUUCCGUUCGUUCUUCUUCCGUUGUGCCACGAAAUCACGAAGUUCUUCCUUAAGAUUACAGUUACUUGGAACCAUCUAGAAAUAAAUCGUUUCAUAUACUGUUCUAAUUUUAAGUAAAUAUCCGAUGUACAAAAAUUACCAUUGUUUUAACCCAUUUUGGAAGAUUAUCUUUAUAUGAUUUCAUCAGAAACCUGUAAUGGAAGAUCAAUAAAAUGAGACAAAAUGUUAAAGCUUA